AUGGAUAAAUUUCUCACCAAGCCGAAAAAUGGUGAACCAAGUUCUAGUGCUAGUUGGUCAUCCAUGAGUUCACAGAUCGCUCCGGAAGUUCAAAGGGAGACAAAUCCUUCUCUACUUUCAAAUGUGGAUAAAGUGCUUGAUUUGAAAUCUUUUGAACCGGAUCCCAAAGAAAGAAUGCCAAUUUCAGAUUAUGGUCCUAAUAUUCGAGAUGAAAAUGAACUUGAAAGCCGUGGAAAUACAGGGGAUGCAUCUACAAAAGAUGGUUUUAGGGGUUGGAACAAGGGUGUAGAAAGAUUCAAAGCACAUGUUGGUGAAGUAAAUAGUAUCCAUCACAAAUGCUUCAAUAGGAUGCUAGAUUUGAAAAAUCAACGUCAAUCGAUUCAAUCUUCUUUUGAUAAGCAAAGUGAAAAAGUAAAAAUUGAUUACCGAAUGCGCUUAAAUGCCUCAAUUGAUGUGGCAAGAUCCAAGAUACGUGGACAGGGCUAUGAUGGAGCUAGUAAAAUGCAAGGAAAAAUAAGUGGUCUCAAGUCUUUAAUUUUGCAAGACACUCCCUCUGCAUAUUGUAUUCACUGUUUUGCUCAUCAAUUGCAACUAGCACUUAUAGCUUUUUCUAAAAAGCAUUCGGAUGUGGAUAAUUUCUUUUAUGUUGUUACUAAUGUUUUGAAUACUAUUGGAUCUUCAUUUAAGCGCAUGGAGUCACUUCGACAUCAUCAAGCAGAUAAGUUGGAAGAGUUGCUUAAAUUUGGAGAAGUCUAUACGGGGCAAGAUAUGAAGCGUGACUGUCCAUAUCAUCUUGAUAGAUUUGCAGCAGAAAAUCUUUUGAGCCAGAUUCAAGAAUUUGGAUUUAUUUUUAUGUUGCACUUGAUGUUUAAGGUGUUGUUAUUUACAAAUGAAUUGAACAAAGCUUUACAAAAGAAAGAUCAAGAUAUUGUUAAUGCUAUGGGAAUGCUUGACCUUGCAAAGAAAAGAUUGCAAAUGAUGAGAGAAAUUGAAUGGAACUCUUUGUUGGAUGAGGUGUGCUCAUUUUGUAGUAAACAUGAUAUUCUAAUUCCCAAAAUGGAUGAAGACUAUACUCUAGGAAAGUCGAAGCGUAAGAGGUCCAAAGUUUCAUAUUUACAUCACUUUCGUGUGGAAGUGUUUUAUACUGUUAUUGAUUUGGAAUUUCAAGAGCUUAAUGACUGUUUUGAUGUUGUGACUACUGACUUACUACUUGAUAUGGCCAGUUUGAGUCCGGUUGAUUCAUUUGCUAAUUUUGAUAAGGACGGGAUAAUGAAGUUGGCAGAGUAUUAUCCCAGUGAAUUUGGUGAUAACAAGUUUCGAGAACUCGGUUUCCAACUUGAUAGUUUCAUUGUCUAUGCUCAAAAGUGUGAUAGCAGAUUUCUUAACCUGAAGGGGAUUAAGGAUUUUGCUAGUGUGAUGAUAGAGACAAAAUUGGAUCUUACUUGGCCACUUGUUUAUUUGCUUGUGAAGUUGACUUUGCUUAUACUUGCUGCUACCGCAAGCGUGGAAAGAGCAUUCUCAUCAAUGAAAUACAUCAAAAAUGAUCUGCGUAAUAGGAUGGAUGAUGAUUUUCUAAAUGAUUGUUUAGUUUGCUAUAUAGAGCGUAAGAUAUUUAAAAUUGUAAGUAACGAUGCUAUUAUCGACCGUUUUCAAAGUAUGAAACUCGUCCAGGACAAUUGUAAAGUGAAUGAUGUUUUUGUGAAUAUAAUAUUAAUAUAG